GUGUGUGUUUGGAGGGGGGGUUCUUGCACAUCAGCUGUUGGAGGACUGUCCCGGUUGUAUGAUGGUCGUGCAGCAGUGAAACAGUUGGUCAGUCCUGUCCACGCUUCAGCCGGGCAUCAUGAAUCCCGGGUGCCGGAGUCUGAAGUUUAUUUUGACAGCACUUCAGGCUUUAUCUGUCACUGUGUCGCUGUGUGACAGCGAGCUCUCCCAACCCACGGAAGGGAAUCUUUUGGGUCCGACUGUUCAACACAGACCAACAGCCAAGCAGAAACACUAUGGGACCACAGUACCUCUGCAGUUUGUUGGACAAGACUGGAAACCAAUCAGCCAGCUCAAACCCCAGAGUCACCCUGCAUCACUGAAGCUCCUGAUUGAAGCGGAAGGUGAACAGCUGCUCUUGGCUCUCGAGAAAAACGAGGGCCUGUUUGCAAGUAACUAUACAGAAACCCAUUACCAGGAAGAUGGCAAUGCAGUCAUUGGCUCUCACAACUUCACGGCAAACUGUUAUUACCACGGCGAGGUGGUGGGUCAUGUCAACUCAGACGUCAGCCUCAGUACUUGUUCUGGCGUGAAGGGUUUCAUAUCCCUCGAAGGCAAAUCCUAUGUACUGGAACCAUCUGCUGACCACUUUGAUGGGACUCACUGGAUCUACACAGCUGAACACCUCAAUUUUACUCCUGGCACCUGCGGCCAUGAUUUCAACAUAUCCUCUCCUGUUAAAGAUGCAGACGGCAGUCCUUUCACAGCUUUCAGGACAAGGCACAAACGCCACGUCCAGACUACGACCAAGUACGUGGAGCUGAUCAUCGUGGCUGACAACAGAGAGUUUCAGAAGCAAGGCAAGGACAUGGAGAAGGUCAAACAGCGGCUGGCUGAGAUCGCCAAUUACGUGGACAAGUUCUACAGGGCUCUGAAUAUCCGCGUGGCCCUGGUGGGCCUGGAGGUGUGGAGUGAUGUGGACAAGUGUCCCGUCACCCAGGACCCCUUCACCACCUUGCACGAGUUCCUCGACUGGAGGAAAGUGAAGCUGCUGCCUCAGAAGCCACAUGACAACGCCCAGCUCAUCAGUGGGGUCUAUUUCCAGGGCACCACUAUUGGUAUGGCACCUAUCAUGAGUAUGUGCACAGCCGAGCAGUCAGGAGGAAUUGUGAUGGACCAUUCGGACAACCCCCUGGGUGCUGCAGUCACACUUGCCCAUGAGCUCGGACACAACUUUGGAAUGAACCAUGACACGCCAGAGAGGGGAUGUGGUUGCAGAGUCACAGUGGAUCGUGGAGGCUGCAUUAUGACUCCCUCCACGGGGUAUCCUUUCCCCACGGUGUUCAGCAGCUGCAGCAAAAAAGACCUGACAGCCAGUUUUGAAAAAGGCGUCGGGAUGUGUCUGUUCAACAUGCCCGAGGUCAAGGUGCUCUACGGCGGGCAGAAAUGUGGCAACGGCUACGUGGAGGAGGGAGAGGAGUGCGACUGUGGAGAACUUGAGGAAUGUAUGAAUCCCUGCUGCAAUGCUACCACCUGCACUCUGAAGGGAGAUGCUGUUUGUGCACACGGACAAUGCUGCCAGGACUGCCAGCUGAAGCCCGCAGGAACGCCGUGCCGUGAGUCCAGUAACUCAUGUGACCUUCCCGAGUUCUGCACGGGUACCAGCCCUAACUGCCCCUCCAACGUCUACCUACACGACGGCCACGCCUGCCACAGCGUGGACGGCUACUGCUACAACGGCAUCUGCCAGACCCACGAGCAGCAGUGCAUCACACUGUGGGGCCAAGGAGCAAAACCAGCUCCGGGUAUCUGCUUUGAAAGAGUCAACUCAGCAGGAGACCCCUAUGGCAACUGUGGCAAGGACUCCAAAGGCUCCUUUGCCAAAUGUGAAGCUCGAGAUGCUAAAUGUGGCAAAAUCCAGUGUCAAGGAGGAGCUAACCGCCCAGUAAUUGGUACCAACGCUGUUUCCAUAGAAACAAACAUCCCCUUGCAGGAAGGCGGGAGGAUUCUGUGCAGAGGAACACACGUCUACCUGGGGGAUGACAUGCCCGACCCCGGUCUGGUGCUCACGGGGACCAAGUGUGGAGAUGGAAUGAUGUGUCUGAACCGUCAGUGCCAGAAUGUCAGUGUUUUCGGUGUGCACGAUUGUUCAGCCAAGUGCAGCAGUCGGGGGGUGUGCAACAACAACAAGAACUGUCACUGUGAGGCUCACUGGGCGCCGCCUUUCUGUGACAAGACGGGCUUUGGAGGGAGCGUGGACAGUGGACCCAUUAGAUUAGCAGACAGCAGGAAUCUGACUGUGGGCAUCCUGGUCGCUCUCCUCACUGUCCUGGGAGCGGCUCUGAUCAUCUGCAUCAAGAGGAAAACCCUCCUCGGCCUCCUCUUCACCAGCAAGAAGAACCAUCUGGAGAAGCUCAGAUCUGUGAGCGGUGCGAUCAGCGGACCAUCCCCUCUUAACCAGCCCCCGUCGGCGAGCACGUCUCCGUCACGGCCAGCUCCGCCCGUCCCCCACGGCGCCACCAUCUUCAAGCCUCCUCACCGGGGGCCCGAGGCGCUGCUCCCACCAGCCCCUUACCCCUCCCACCACAGCCUGCACAGACUGCCCCUGUGCCCUCCAGUUCACCUCAGCCACCCGGUCCCCCUGUCACUCACCUUGUCCCUCUCCCCCGGCCCCGUGCAGCCAAGACCUCCUGUGCCUCCGCCUCACAUCCACGUCGCACCCCGCGGGGCGCCGUUUCGAAACACAUCGCGCCAUAACUCCUGCAGGAUGGUCAUGGAGUUGGAGAAGCCCAGCCCUCCUCAGAAACCACUUCCCGCUGACCCAAGGAGCUCUCGCCUGAUUCGAAGUCCCUCUGUAGUCCAAGGGCCAAGGGCAGCAGUUUGUGGCCCUUCAGCCGUAUCUAUUGUACCCAGACCUGUGCGCCCUCUCCCACGCCCAAACAGACCCAAUCCCAAGCAGCCCCCAACACUACCAAAGCCUUGCAUAAUUGCCAACAUUAAAUACAGCAGCUGAGACUUUGGACCAAGGGGACAUUGUUGUGACAAGACACUUAAAAAAGAAAAAGAAAAAGAAAUUUGCACUAUGAAAACUCUGAAAACCUUAAAAAGAUGUCGGCUUCUCUGAGGAUCAGUAGACCUGCCGUGUCCCUUUUGGUGCUCUGUCUCUGAAUGGUGCUACGAGUCUGAGCUCAGGUACAUGUAAAGUAUUUAUAUUCUGUAUUUAUUGCCACGCAGUGCACUGUGCCAGACACUUUUACUACACGGAAGCAACAUGAAAUUUGUGUUUUACAGCAUUUUUUUUAAUUUUUUUUUUAUCAAUUGAUGUUCAUCAAGACGAGUGAUAGGAGAUUUUAACAAAACAAAAACAAAAAACACAAAUCUGUGAAAUUGUGAUUGCAGGAAUGUUUUUGAGAAAUGUCUUUUAAUGAAGGGAACACUUUACAUCUUUAUUUUAUCUGUUUUGUUCCCAUAACUUUAUGAGGAGAAAAAGAGACGUGUGCAAUGACUUCACUUGAGAACACUUGAUUGUGAAGAUAAUACAUUUUUUCCCUGAAGGUUAAUGUGUAGCAGCUUUGAGCCAGUCUGACGAGGCUUGAAACAACCACAGAAGAAGAAGAAAAAAAAGUGGUUUUGCUGCAUCUGUUCUGACUAGUUUUCUACGAAUAUGGAGGCGGCUCAAGUUGUGUUUGAAUUCCUCUGCACAUGUAAGGAAAUAAUGAAAUAUCACUGAUUUCUGUUUGAUUUAACAAGCCGUGAGAGGCUCACUUUGGGGAUGUGGGUACCAGAGUUUGAGCUCAAGGAAAUCAAGGAAAUGUUCAUCCCGCAGAGAGCGUCUUUGAAAUCUUGCUCUGCUUUGACCGAAAAAGUGACAAAUGUGUUUUUGACUAUUUCCCCCGUGUGCCUGUCUACGCUGAGGACUUUGUGUGAUCAAAUCAUGGAAUCAACGAGAACUUUCUCAAGGCGUCAUGGAGGCACUCUAGAGAGCUCUAAAUGGGUGAUGUGGGGUUUUAGAAUCUGUGAUGGGACAUAAAGGACGUAUGCACUUAUCUUGCAGUUAUUCAUUUUCUAGUAUUCUACCUUUUUAUUUAGCUUUUGUUUAUUUUAACUCAUUUAACAUGCCAGACUCAAACUCAUGCAUAAAUCAGAUUUCUGGUAAUUAAAGGUCACCUAUUACACUUUUUUUCAACAAGUUUAAAUAAGUCUCUGAGGUCCCCAAAACAUGUCUGUGAAGUUUCUUGCUCAAA